GGGAAGGGAGCUGGAGGCUGGCAGGAGAGGUGGCUCCGGUUCGUGGGGCAAUUGUGGCUUGUCUUUGUGGUAGGUUAUGAGUCACUGGAGAAGGGAUGAUGGCUUCAGAUGACUUUCUCCCCCAUUUUAUAAUUAAAGAAGAGAACAUAUGUGAACAACAUAUAAACCAUGGAAGCCCAUGUGAUUCUCCUAGUAGGCUUUGUGAGAGCAUCCAAAGCCACAGUACUAAUAAAAUUAAUAACUGCAGUGAACGUUCCAGUCGAAGUGGAAGCUUUCAGCUUGACUAUUCCAAUGACUUUCAUGCUAAGACUCCAAGUAGGGCCAGCAGUAGCAGCAGUUGUUCAGAACAGAACAACUGUGGAACUUCCCAGAACUACUAUUACGAAGGUUUUGACACAGACUCUUUUGAAACAUCAAGGAGAAGCAGCUACAGCAGUCCCUUAGAACAACCAGAAACCAAAGAAGAUGAAUUACCAAAGAAGAAAAUGGGAAAUGAUCCCCAAGCCAAAGGGAGGAAGAAGGCAUUACCUAAAAAGAAACAGAAGCAAAAGUGUUAUUCUGACAGUGCUAUAAAUUCUCAGAAGAAUACUGUGGCUCGCCGCUUAUUGUCCGCCAGACUCCACAAUGUUAAAGAGUUAAAGAACGAAGUCUAUGUUUUGAACAAUAAGUUGGAGGCAUCUAAUAUGGAAAACCAGGUCUUGAAGCGGAUGCAGUAUCGGCAUUUGAAAGCAAUAAGUCAAUAUGAAAAUGCAGAGACUAACCUACCUGACCUGAUGGCAAAGCAGUCUGGUGAAGUGAAAACGCUGAAGACACUGCUGAGGAAAUCACAGGAGCAGGAGCACAAUGCAUCCAGGAAGCUUAGAGAAGUGGAAGCACAACUGUUAAAGACAAAAGAUACCUUGCAGGCAUUGCAGAAACUUUCUGAAGACAAGCAUCUUGCUGAGAGAGGGGAACUUAGACGCAGAUUAGCUGUCCUCACACAAAGGAUAGAAGAUAGUGAUAAGAAAAUUCAGGACCUAGAAAAGCAGCUGGCAUUGAACAACACAUCCUUUAAUCAUCAGUUAGCAAUUGAAAAGAAAAAGACACUUGAAGCUCAGCUGGUUACCACAAGUUUGAAAAUGGAAAUCAAGAUGCUUAACCAAAAAAUUAAGGAAAAAGGAAGGGAACUUGGAAUUCGAAAUAUUUAUGCAAACCGGAUGCUUAAAGAUCAGCAGAAGAAAAGUGAUUCAGAGUCUGCCCUAAAAGAAACUAAUGUCAACAAAUCAGUACAAGUAGAUCUAUAUUUGGAAGGGGUGCCUUUUCAAAAGCAUGAAAGAAAGCAAAAUGCAGUUCUUUCCAAAGAGGAGGUGACAACGAAAGACACAAGUGCAAAAGAUAAGCUAAACAAUGUAUAUAAAGAGAUGGAACGAAAAGCAGAAAUUCUUCAAACGGAAACAUUACCAUUGCAGGAAGUUUCAAAUAGAACAUGUUCAGAGAUAUUUGGGGAAAAUUCACCUCUAAGUAGAGAAAGACAGAAGAACAGAAGAGAAAGGCAAGGGUUAGACUUAUUGAAAGAAGAGUUUGAGAAAUUAUGGACAGAAGAAUCAGUCCUGUCUACACAUGAAAUUCAGCAAAAAGAGAGCUGCCUGGGGGAAGCUCCAAUUGAGAAUCAAGAACAUGAAAACAAAACAGGAGAGCCAAAAGAAGCAGUAAAUGAAAAAUUGACAACAGUAAUACCAAGACCCAGAACACCAUCUAAAUUAAAGAAACAUUACAUAUUUACAGAAGCUGUUGAAAAUUUGCAUCAAGGAUUCCCUUCAACAGGACGGCUGUCCACUGCAAGCACUGCAUGUAAUAAUAAACAUGGAAACAGACUCCGAAGUGACAUAGCAGAAUUUAAAGCAAGUGAUUCUUCUACUACUGUUUAUGAGCCAUCCUUUGGGAAGAUGAGCAAACCAAAACGGGACAUUUCAGUACUUGGUGAAGAGCAGAUUUCUAUGGUAUCAGUGGAGAAGAAAAACACUCUUAUGGAAGAACUCUUUGGGCCUAACUCCAUUUUGAAAGACAGAAAUUCGCCUAUUUUUAAAAAGGCGGACAAGGAAAAAAAAACUUUACAGAAUGAAAAGAUUUGCAAUGACAUUUCAUACAUGCAUGAUGGUUUGCAGUGUGGUGAUUCCAAACAAACUCCUAUAAAGGUUUUUGAUACCUUCUUGGAAAAUCUUAACUGAGCUAUUUUAACAGUAUUUUAAAAUGACUGAAAAGCAAUGUAAUUUAAUUCUUUCUGUGGAUUGUUUGCCCCCUUGAAUGUAAUUUAAAUUACUCCCCUACAGUCUUCUGCACAUAUAACAGAAACUGGUACUUCUUCACCAAAGAAAUCACACACAAUAUUUUAUAUUUCAAAAUAAAACAUGCUUUACUAUGCCAGGCAGUAUGUUUAAGAAUCUAAAAGAAAGAUCUCUGUACUACCAGAGAAGGCAUAAAAAUAAGACAGUUAAAAUGCUUUGAAAGAAUUGUAUUGAAUAGGGAUUUGUGCAAAUCUUGAUUGUGGAAAAAAAGUAACAAAUGUCUAUUUUCCAGUACAUAACUUCUGCUGAUUCCAUUCUAGGGCGUCUCUUAAUAAAUACCGGUAAAACAGUUAAAAUACAUACAUAGCUAAAAUCAGGGAAGUGAGGGAUGAAGAUUGGAUGAACUGGGAUUUACAAUAUUCCGAUAACAACAAAAAUCUGUGUAGGAUUUAUGUAAUCUAGUAUGAACAUAUCUUAAAGCUGAUCAAACUGCUGUAAAUUAUAGCAGAAACUGUGGGUACAACAGGCCUACGGCCAAAAAGAUAGUACUCACUUUCAUUAACCAAAUUACACUGUCAGUUUCAUCUCACUAUAUGAGCCUACAUGCAAAGAAAUGUUAUAGCAAUGCCUAUUAUUAUAAUUGCAAUAUAUACAUUUUUGUUUACUGUCUUCCUAAUGCAUCUCACUAAUAUAUUUUAACUUUUUCUUCUAAUGAAAUAUCUUUUGACUAUUGUACUACCUAUAGCUUAGUUUUCUUUAUCGUCCAUCACAGAAUAAUGGAAAUUACAAGUUACUGUGUAUGCAUCAAGGAACAUAUCAGACUUCAGAACUGAGCACCAUUUUGUUUCUAACCCUAACCCUAGUUUAUCCUCCUACCAUUGUUUUACUUAGAAUCAAGCAGUUGCAAUAGCAAAUCGGUUCUCAGUGGUGGAGGAACAUCUGCUCUAACAAACAGAUCCAGCAUAGCUGAUUACAGCACAUGGAUGACACCUAGAAGCAGGGAAGGUUUGGGGUGACACUUGUCAUAUUCCCUUUAUGGGAAUAUGAUGACUAGUUAUCUUAGGUGGAAAUGGAUGAUACAAAUAUGAACCGAUUCAUACACAACACUUUUGUUGGAGAAUUUUUUCAUAUAUAUUAACUGAGGUACUUGUACUGUGUAAUCACCAAUAUCCUUUAAACUACAACUACUUUUGGGGAAGAAACCGUGUACCCCAAAAUGUUCUAAUAACCUGGAUUAAUAAAGUUUCUAACACUCACAAAAAGUCAACAAAACACAUUUCCACAAACACUGUGGAGACAAGUAUUCACUAUCUAGUUCCAUGAAGCAUGCAGAAAGCACUGUUCCCCAGAUGCUACACUGUUCCCCAGAUGUUACAAAAAGCACUGUUCCCCAGAUGCUACUGUUCCCCAGAUGUUACAGAAAGCACUGUUCCCCAGAUGCUACACUGUUCCCCAGAUGUUACAGAAAGCACUGUUCCCCAGCUUGAAAGGGGAAUUUACACUUGGUUCAUCAAAAAAGAUUUGCCAUAAAAAAACAAGUUGAGAGUUUUGUGUGUUUAAAAAUGUCAACACUUCUAGAAUACUGUUGUUACAUGUCAUUUUCUAAUGUUGCAAUACUGUAUACAGUGAUUUCAAAAUGUAAUAAAUGAAGUCUAAAACCC